UUUUGUCUCACUCUUACAAAUAACAUGGAGGUAGUGGUUUGAGCGCAGUUCAAUUUUUCUUUGUUUACGUGUCGAAUUCGUUUAACGAUCAGAAAUAUAGGAAAAUAUUGUACGGUUUAUGGAAUUUAUUCAAAGUGAUCCUCACAUUCGAUUGUAUUGAACUGUAUGAAAUGAAUAACGGAGAAGUUGGAGGGCCUAGAGGCAGAGGCCGCGGUUGGCAGCAGCCUGAAAAUCAGCCACGGGAGCUUCGCCGGCCUAGGAUCGUUACCGAGGAUGCGAAAGCUGAACCUCCUAAAAUCGAAUCCAAUUUGUCGGCGGAGGCUAAGGAAUGGUACCCACCCAAUUACAACCCUCAAUCGGUGCCAGCCUAUGCACCAGAUCCGGCCCCCUACCGGCCACACCGCUUCUCUGUACAAGACCGUUUGCGGCAAGCACAAGAUCAGAACCUGUACAACUUUGAUGAUAUGUCAUAUUCCCUUGAAGAACAAGAGAACAUGGAUUUGCGGGAGAACAUUGCCAACCUGAUUACUGUUAUGUGUGAGAUAACAUUUGACCCCGGCAAGUUCGACACCCUGUGUGGUCCUUUGGUGGACUCCUUUGCUCAUAUGCUUCAUGAUGCCAACUACACCAGGGCCUUGGUUGAAGCUAUUGUUAAUCAGUCGAUCGGCGAGUCGAACUUCCGUUACAACGGCGCGCGCCUCUGCUCGAUGUACGACUCGGUGGCGGCGCCCGAGGAGUCCACGUUCCGCGUGUGCCUGCUGGAGAGGUGCUCCACGGAGGAGAACAAGAUCAUCAGCGGCGUGGAGACCUCGGAGGAGAACAUGCGCGGGUUCGCUAUGUUCCUGGCGGAGAUCUACACGCAACUUGAAGAUAGCCAGGGUGGAAGAAUCAAGACUUUGGGAGAGAGCCUCUGUAAGGUCUUGCUCCACCUUUUGGAUACUGACAAAGAUACCAACAUCAAAUCUGUAUGUCAACUUCUCAAGCUGUCCGGCAUAGCGCUGGACGCGGACUGCCCGACGGGCAUGCACGCGGCCUUCGAGCGGCUGAAGCGGCGCGCGCAGCUGCCCUGCGUGCGCGCCGUCGUGGCGCUGCGCGGCGCGCGCUGGGGGCUGGCCGAGCGCGAGCCCGAGCCGCUGCCCGCNCGGAUUAUACAGGGUGGAUGCGUGGAGUUCGUCUGGGUUAAGGCACAUGCCGGCCUGGAAGGCAACGAAACAGCAGAUGAGGCCGCAAAAAGUGCAGCGUCUUCUCAGCGUGCUCCCGACUUUUCUAGAUUUCCGAUCAGUCAUGUAAAGCGCGGUAUACGAGAAAUAAACCAACGUCUCAAUAAUGAUCGCGUCGUUGGAGUACCUCCUGAACCUCAGACCCCUCUUACCAUCCAGGAGAAGCAAAUGCAGAUAGAACACAUAGGAAUCUUGCAAGACCAUCAAAGAAAUACCAGGGGUAUUGAUGCCAACUGGUACUGA